AGGCCCGAGUAAAAUCCACACUAGCAAGGAAUCGGAGAAAGUAUACAGAAAAUAAAUUAAUUUAACAUAUUUUUAUUUUCCCAUUUCUGUAGUAAACCAUAUGAGUAUAUUAAUAGCAUGUGUAUAUGCCCAAAAUGAAGUAACAUAUUUCAAGGAAUUAUCUGUAUGAUCAAUUGGAUCUUGUCUACUUUUAAUUAAAAGAUGGGAGAGAAACUAGGUAAAAGACAAUCCUGGAAAAGUGAAUUAAGUUAAGGGCAAUAAGACACAAUUAAAUUAUAAGAGAUAUUGAGUUGUUACUUUCUUCUUUUUUUUUGUUAUAUGUGGAUUGAUAUUAAACACCAAAAGUAUAAAGAUGUUCUAUACACAAUCAUCUCAUCUAAGUUAAGUAUAUAAACCUGAAGACCUAGUAGCAGUCCAAAAUAGAAUUGUCAUGAUCAAUCAAAUGGUAGUGACUUUUGUGCUCGGCAUUCUAAUCAUACCAGCAAUUGUCAUCAAUGGAGAGUUUUCAGAUACUCAUGAUGCUAAAAUAGAUCUACUUUUAAAGAAACUCAACAAACCUGCUGUUAAAUCCAUCAAGAGUCCAUACGGAGGUAUAAUAGAUUGUGUCCAUAUGAAGAAUCAUCCUAUUUAUGAUCAUCCUUUAUUUAAAAACCACACUAUUCAGAUGAAACCAAGUGGUGACCACGAUAAAUGGAACAAUGAUACUUUAAAUAUAGACGACGAGAGUAUAGUUACUCAACUCUGGACAAUCAAUGGAAAAUGUCCCCAAAAUACUAUUCCAAUCAGAAGAACGACAAGAGAAGAUAUUUUACGAGCGGAAUCAAUAGAAAGCUACGGCAAAAAAUAUCCCAACAACAUUCCUCGAAGAAAACCAGCCAAUUCGACUAAUGAAAUCCAUGAGUAUGCCACCCUCCGCGUAAAUGGAAUCUUUCGUGGAGCUGAAGCAGUUAUAAAUGUGUGGAAGCCUUAUGUGCAAAUGCCAAGAGAAUUUAGCCUAGCACAAAUGUGGCUUGAGGCGGGUCCUCCUUCUAACCUUAACACCAUUGAAUUUGGUUGGCAGGUCUAUCCAGGACGUUAUGGUGAUGACAACGCUAGAUUCUUUGUUUACUGGACUGCAGAUGGGUACCGUUCAGGCUGCUACAAUCUUGAUUGUCCAGGCUUUGUUCCUGUCAAUCAAGCAUAUGUCUUAGGAGAACCUAUUGGUCAUGUUUCUACCUUAGGUGGUCAGCAAUAUGAGAUUCCGACAACUAUAUGGAAGGAUCCCCGGACAGGGAACUGGUGGUUGAAACUUAAUCACCAUGUAUUUAUCGGAUAUUGGCCUUCCAUAUUGUUCAAUCAUCUACGAAAUGGGGCAACCGAUAUUACAUGGGGAGGCGAAAUAACAAAUUAUAGAGUUAAUUUACAACAUACAAUGACAAACAUGGGAAGUGGGGGUUUCGCAUCGGAAGGAUAUGAAAGAGCCAGUUAUUUUAGAAAACUUAAGAUAUAUGAUGAAUGUAAUACAUGGAAACCAAUUCAUGAUCGUGUUCCUGAAUAUUUCAUUACCCAAGAGAGUUGUUACAAUAUAAGAUAUGCCUAUGAAACUGACUGGGGGGAUUAUUUCUUUUAUGGUGGUCCUGGUCGAAAUCUGUAUUGUACAUGAUUACAUAUUAACAUGUUGUAGAUGUAACUAUGCCAUUAUCAGUCAUCUAUGUUAUUUUCCACCAUCAUAUAGUGUUAGUGAUUUGCAAGUGAUUAUUAAAUGAUCCUUUUGGUCUUAACACCGAUAAAACGCAAUAAAAAAUCAUCAGAUAGUUUAAUGACUUGAAUAUUUAGUUGACUCUUUAUAUAAGUUUCUUGACUGGUUAUCUCUCUAACAUUAGAAACUUAUAACAUUUUUUGGGUUUAACUGUUCGAGAAACUUAUAACAUGGCAGUAGAUAUAUAAUUGAGUGUCGUCUAAACAGUUAUACAUAAAGAAAGGAACGGAAAAGAAACCAAAAGAGAGUGAAUUUCCAGAAUAAAAAUAUGAAUCGGAAGGAGAGUACUCUGACAUGGGAGAAAGGUGAACCUGGCUAUGAUGCUCUUCGACGAGUUAGAGAUGAAAAUGAAGUCCAAGGAGAGAUAGAGAUAGUGUGAGCGAUGGAGAGUUUGACUGAGAGAAAAAAAAGAGAAAAAGAGAGAGAGAGCAGACGCGGUGAGAUAUCAGUGGGAUACACUAUGCAACAACGAGACCAAGAGACUACGGUUGAUUGUUUUUUAUUUUAGGGAAAAUUAAUACCUAAACUAAUAGUUUUGUCCCUUUAGAAGAAAAUCAAAAUUUGUCACUUUUGGACCUUCACUACACUUUUUAUAUAUAAAAAUUCAUCUCAAUGUUUUUAUACUGCAAAAAUAGAGAAAUUUACUAAAAUGACACAAAUUAAUUGUGAUAUUACUAGAAUGACUAAUAUUUUUAAAAAAUUAUUAGAAUAUUUUUUUUGUCGAAAUUGUCUUUGCUCAUAGUUAUAACAAAAAUAUAUAUUACCAAAGUGCCCUUACAAUUUAAUCGUUGGCAGAAUUAUUUUCAAAAAAAAAUCUAUCGAGUAAUAAGUUUGUUUAUAAAAUUUUUAUAAAGAAUAAAUCUACUGUUAAAGUGGUGUUAGACUUUCUUAGAAGAUUUAUUUCCACGGAAGAUUUAAUUGUUCGAUUUGAAUAGAAAACCGAUUUCUAAGGAUAUGUAUGCCGAAUAAGGUAGCAGAUUUGUUAUAAAUGGUAGAUUUUGUUGUCAACUUAUUUUCUUAUGUUCGACUUAUUUUUUAUGGCAGAAUUAUAUAUUUGACUUAAAAAAAAUUUGUAGACUUUUUAUUUUAAGUGGUGGCAUACUAUUUAAUUUAUAUUUUGGCAUAUUUGGUGACGGAAAUCUGAGAAUAUGUAAACCAAACUUAAUUUAAUGUUUAAUUUCAACACGGUUUACAUUAAUUUCGAAUUUGGUUUAUUUUUAGGUUAGUCAAGAUCAGAAUUAUGGAAACUUUUGGUAAUUGUCGUCAUCUCUUUCAUCCAUCUUUUCUUCCUUAUCAAAUUAUCCCCUUUCAUGGUGGUUUAAUCACUUGUUGCAAUCCUUAUUGAUUGGAGAAACAUGGAUCACAUCAAAAAACGGCCAAGGAAGAAACACACAUGUAGAAUUUAUAAUUAGAUGGGUGCAUAAUUCUAAAACAUGUCCACUUAAUUGAUGAGUUUCAAUUUAGUUUAAGGCUAUGGUCAUUAGAUUUCAUUUAGGUUGGUGCUACAUUUGGUGGUAUUACAUUAGAUUUACACGUUGGUCAUUUGUCUUUGGCGGUACAUUACAUUUUAUUUAGUUUUCUUUCCAGAAGUACAUGCAAACGAGCCCUUAUAUUCAUGUCAGACCAUACAAGUGAAAGAAACCACAUACAACCCUUAUACAUCCAUCUGGGAACAAGCAAAACACUACAAUUAACGGAAGACACUUCUAUUGCUUUCAUCUUUCACCUAGUAUGAAUGAGUAAAUACAUAAUAACUUGGUAGGCUGCAUCAUGGUGCGGAGCUUUGCUGAUUCAGAACCUCACCUCAGCUCGGCUGUUGGUCUGACGCGGGUUAUGACUCAUAACUUAUGAGGAGACGCUAGGUCCCGCACCGUUUUCUGGCGGUAGACAUUUCCCACUUCCCUUCUGGUCCUUGUGGUUCGAUCACAUGAACCCAACCAUCAGUAAGCCCAACUGCAAAUUGAUUUGGCUCAAAGGGAUGUGCUGCGAUGAACCCCCCAUCAGUAAGCCCCAUAAAGAUAAACAGAUAAAACCAAUCACUCAAGAUCUUUAUCUGAACAUAGAGGGAACUUAAAAAAGGCAAUGUAGCAUACCUAGGAAACAAGUACAUUCAUAAUAUCAAUAUCUAUUAAAUAAAAUUCAUACUAAUACGAUUAUAUCUUCAUUUGUAUCUUGUUAUAACAAAAAUAUUAAGUCAUUGAUCACAAAAUUUUCAAAAAGAUUUUUAACAUUUUUUUUGUAAUUAAAAGUUGUUUUAAGAAAUUCAAAAUAUAACAUAUAAGAAAAAAUCAAAAUUUUUUAUUAUAUGGUUAAUGUGAUUAUUUAAUUUCUUUUAAUAAUAUAAAAUUAAAAAAAUGAAAAAGGAUGAAUUUUUUUAUCAAAUCUUUAUUAUUAAUAAUCAUUAACUACCAUAUAUAUAUUGAUCAUAUUAGGUAACUCCAUAGCGUUUAUUUAAGAGAGAAAAUACACGCUUUUUUAUAUUUUUGGUUAAUAUAAUGUUUCCUAGUAAUUGGACUUUAGACCAAAAUUUUUUCAAUUGAUUGUAAAGCUGCUACAUAAGAUAAAUUGUCAUCUUAAUUAACUGACAACUCAGCAAUGACCUUUUGUAAUUAUUACAAACUUAAUGUUACAAUUUUUUACAUAUUUCUCGAUUAAUAUAUGUGGGAUAUUUGAAGGUAAAUUUUAAGGAUUGGAGUUUAAAAUUUAAAUCAAAAGCUAUAUACAGUUUUUCUUGUGGUAUUGGUUAAUUAUGACUGAGUUCUAUUUAUUGAUCUAAUUCUGCCUAAAAUUUUAAAAUGUACGUAAAUAAGAAUAUACUAAAUUUUGUUGUAUAUAUUAUAGAAGAACUGAUCAACUGCGUAAAGUCCACAAUAGCAACAUAACCAGAGAAAAUAAAUGUAAAUAUAAAAUACAUUAAUUUAAGAUAUUUUCAUUUUUCCUACCUGUAAAAACUAUUCAAUUCUUUUUUAUAAAUGAUGCAUGUUUUAGAUGUUCACAUAUAAUAAUAAAGCAUAUUUUGCACUGAUGUCAUUUUUACAGCAUUGAGCAUUUGUACAUAACAUUCUUUUGAUAGAUCAAUAAAUUUGAAAUUUCAUCAAAAAAAAUAAUAAAGCAUAUUUUAAGUUAUCAAUAUAUAUAAAGUUAAUUUUUUUACUUCUUAUGACAAGUGGCAGGAGGGUUUGAUGACAUGUGUCCCCAUAUAUUUUUUGUUUUUAUAUUGUAGUUCCUUCUUUUUCUACUCUAUUGCAAUUUGACAUAAUAUUUUCUAAUUGUGCACUAUAAACUUUUUAACACUAAUCAUUAAUAUAUGAAGUUUUAUAAUUUAUUUUAUUGGUCAGUAAAAUUGAAGAUGAAUAAAGAAAAAAAUUAAAUUAUAUAAAUAUAUUUUAAAUAUUUUAUUUAUUCAGAACUAAAAAAUAACAUAAACUUUUAUUAUUUUAUUAUUUUUUACUAUUUUCUAUUAUUUUAUUACAAAUUAUAAAAUUAUUUGAAUAUUAAAAAUUAUAAAAUAACUAAACAAAAAAACUAGAAUACAACACAUAUUUAAACCUAAAUCUCCGCAUCACAAAGAAAAAACAAAAUAUUAUAGUAGCAUUAACUCAAUAAAAGUCUGGAACACAAAUGAACGCGAUCAAACACCAAUCCAGAAAACCAAAAAAAAAACAAAUCAGAGGAAGAAUAAUCAACGAUAGACCAAAGUCACCACGAAGCAGGAAAACACCUGCCUAAAGCACAACCACCAGCUAAGAGGUAAGAAAGACUUCAAAACCAAAACAACCACAUACAAAGCGUCCAUGCCAAUAAAGAACUACAAAACUCUGAAUAGAAGAGACCAAAGCUCCAACAUACUAACUCCACACAUCUAUACGAAAGUAUUACAUUCAAGGUCACUUUUGCACAUUUUAUUACAUGUUGAGACACUUUCAACUACUCACACACAUUUUCACUCUUCCAAUGCAACUUUACAUUUUCCCAACCCACAAAAACCCGACACUGCCCUUUUUUAUUAUGAAAACUCAACCAAUUAAGUUUAAAUAUUUUCUUUGUAUUUUCACUUAAGAAUAAUUAAACUUAAACAGAAAAAAAUUACUUCUUCUUUCUAUUUUCUUCGCCGUUAAUCUCUCUGAACAAAACAAAAUCUUUUAAAUCACGCUCUCCUCCACUUCAAUCAUCAAAGAACAUAGCCUUUCCUUUGAAUCCAUCCCACAUCUUCAUUGCAGCUAAGAAAUCACUCAUCUUGGAAUCUCGAACUUAUCACCGAACUCCUCCACUGCUCUUGCACCUUCCGACGUUGCCGUUCUCGAUCCAUAUAACCAGUCUCUUCUUCAUCACAUUGAUUUUGGUUGACUAAUCUCUCCGUUUUUGUUGGUGAUCUGAGUUUCAAGGCCACCGAGUUAACUCGGUUUAGUCGGUUUAACGAGUCAUCUGAACGAGUCAACCAUUUACUAUUAUUUCUGGGUAAAUCGUUUUAUUGUCUUUCUACAUGUUUUAUCCUUUCUUUUUAUUGAACUUGAAUUGAGUGUAUUUUGUGGUCAACUAUUACGAAGAUUCCCUAAUAGAUGUGGGCAUUAUGAUGCUUUAGAGCCUCUGUGUGGAUAUUUUGGCUUCAGAUCUUGCAUCAUUAGACAAAAAGACAUGUGCUUUCAUCUAUGGCGUUUCCUACGCCGUUUUCCAUCGUCUCCACAACCAUUCUCUGCCGUCUCUGUCACCGCACCACCGUCUCCACCAACAUUCUCUACCAUCUCUGCCAUAAUUCUAACGUGCAUACUCUGGUUUGUACACUGAUGAUUAUAGGGUCGUAUGUACAUAUCAAUUUUUUUUUUUGAAAACUUGGUGUCGUUUUUUCAUGUCAUUAUGAGUCUCCCUUGUUUGAAUCAAAAUUGAUUUUUUAUCCACUAAAAAGAUUCCGAUCUAGCAUCUUUGAAGGUUCGUUUUUUAUAUGUCAUUAUGAGUCUCCCUUGUUUGAACAAACUAACCACUAGUUUUUCAUUAAUCAUUAAUGUGUCCCACAUCCUCAACUGAUGUUCAUUUUGGUUGAUUAUUCCUUUUAAAUUGGUCUAUUCAUAAAAUCAGAAGUCUUUGCAACAAAACGUAUGUGUACACCAAAAAUUAUAUAAUUUAUACAUGUGUACACCGACAAAACAUUGUACACAAUAAAGCUUGUACACAUGUACAAACAUAUAACAACAUCAAUGUAAGCAACACGAAAUCAUUAUGGUAUCAAGUUUGUUUACUUAAAACCAGUAAACUUUAUACUACUUGUACACAUUCAGACAAAUUAUUCUUUUUAGAUUGGUCUAUUCAUAAAAUUAGAAGUUUUUGCAACAAAAACGUAUGUGUACACCAUAUAUACUUUGUACAUGUGUACACCGAUAAAACAUUGUACACAAUAAAAAUUGUACACAUGUACAAACAUAUAACAACAUCAAUGUAAGCAACACGAAAUCGUUAUGGUAUCAAGUUUGUUUACUUAAAACCAGUAAAAUUUAUACUACUUGUACACAUUCAGACAAAUUAUUCCUUUUAGAUUGGUCUAUUCAUAAAAUUAGAAGUUUUUGCAACAAAAACGUAUGUGUACACCAUAUAUAAUUUGUACAUGUGUAUACCGACAAAACAUUGUACACAAUAAAGCUUGUACACAUGUACAAACAUAUAACAACAUCAAUGUAAGCAACAUAUAUAAUCGUUUAAAAUACAAUUAGAAAAAUGAAAUGUUUGCGUAGACUAGCGGUAAAAGGGCUUUUCUUCCAACUCUCAGGCUCUAGGUUCUAUUACCGGUAUUGCUCAUUUGUGCUAAAUUUUUUUGAAGAGUGGCAAUUUUGUAAUUAUGUCAUCAUCUUCAUAUUAGGGUUUCCCAUGAUUUCUGCAACUAUAUAUCGGAGCCGCCAUAGAUUUUCUUCAUGCAUUUUUUUUAUUUUUUUGGCGUUCUACCUCCAAACCUUACACAUAUUGCAUACAUUUCGAUUAAAGCCAACACAUGAGAAAAAAAAACAAAAUUUCUCAUAAUUCUUGAGUUUUAACCUGUUACAAUCAAAAAUUCCCUAGGUUCUAUUAGUGAUAUUCCGAUUAACACCGUCUUCCUCGUCGCACCUGCUACUACUUCAGAUUUAUUCUUUCGACAGAACAAUUAGCUGAUGCUCUGUAGUGGGUGAAAUUUGAUAAAGAAAAUAUAAAAAGUCAAAUAUGUUUGUGUGGUUCACAUUAAAAAAGGAAAAAGAAGCAUUUUAAUUUUUAAAGUGAUUAAAAUCUGAAAGCAUGUGGGUUUGCUCUAAUUGAAAAGAAGGUUUUUAGUUUCUUUUAGUUAUGGGUAAUGUGGUCUUUUCUCUUUAACAAACUACCUCAGGAGUAGAAAUGUACCUAAAAUGUAAUAAAAAGAGAAAAAGUGACCGAGAGUGUUAAUCACUCCAUCUAUACCAAAGAAAGCAUGAGAAGAAGAAAAACAACCUAAAGAAGGAAGAAUAGAAGCCAACCACAGAGAAACCAAAGCUCAAGUUUGAGACAAAAAAUAAUUUUCCAAACCCACAAAAACAUACACGAAGGAAAAUAUUAUCCAAACCUGGAGUGACAAACAUGGCGAAAUGGAAAGCCACCAAAGACGCAACCAGUGAUGAAAAUUGUAAUGAGAUAAAAGAACAAAAAGAGAUAAAGAGACUACACAAAAUCAGCAAACUGUGGAACACAAAUGAACGCGAUCAAAGACAACUCCAAAAAACCAAAAAAGCGGAUCAGAGGAAGAAUAAUCACCGGAAGACCAAAGUUACCACGAAGCAGGAAAACACAUGCCUAAAGCACAACCACUAGCUAAGAGAUAAGAAGCACCUCACAAACAAAACAACCACACACAAGGCGCCAAGCCAAUGAAGAACCACAAAGCUCUGAAUAGAAGAGACGAAAGCUCCAAGAGAUUAACUCCACGCACAUAUACCAAGGGAAGUAUAAGAAGAAGAAAUACAACCUAAAGGAGGAAGAAUGGAAGCUAACCACAGAGAAACCAAAGCUCAAGGUUGAGACAAGAAAUCUUCCAAGCCCACAAAACAUACACAAAUGAAAAUACUAUUCAAACCUGGAGUGGCAAACAUGGCAAAAUGGAGAGCCACCAGAGACGCAACCAGCAAUGAGAAGUGCAACAAGAUGAAGAACAAAAAGAGAAAAAGAGACUGGACAAAAUCAGCAAACUGUGGAGCCAGCCUCGAAUUAUGAAGAGAACAUAAAAAUCAGAUCACCAAAAACCAGAUUUUGAAAACCAAGACGAGCAGAGACUUUCAACGGCAAGCCAACUACGAGGAAGAUAACAUAAAAUACAACUAAAGUCUGACCCAACCCAAGGAGAUGUAGUUCCUAAAAUUAGCCAAAUAAAAGGAAGAAGAGGAUUAAUAUUGACCAAAACAGCGUACAACAUCAUGAGAAACAACCGCACAACUAGGAACUUAUAAACCUUAUCUACAACAAAUAUCAGAUAAUCUCACAAGAGAAAAAAUGAGGAAAAACAAGAGAAACGAAACUGAGUCCUUUUCCGGUGAUGGUAAGAAACACCCACACCGAAAAUAUAAACAAAAUACAUAGAUGGUGACGCCUCAAAUCAAAAUAUGCAGAGGCGGAAAAAAUCUUAGGAGAAUAAUGUUCGACGUUGUUAAAAAAAGAACAAUGUUCAAAAUAUAAAAAUAUGAAAUACAAUUUUGACGUUGAAACCGUUAAUGUUAAAAUUAAAAAAAAUGUUUAAAUGCAAAUUUAUUGAAAUUUAAUAUGAUUUACACCAGAAGCUCAAUUCACCACUAAUAAUUACUAUUAUACACACAACAACACAUUAUUGAAAAGACAAAUACAUAAUAUAUUAACCUAUAACUUAAUACUAGAUAACACAAUAAGAUACUAAAUCAUGCUGUUCACAAAUAAAUAUUAACCAUAUAAUCACAUCAUUCAAAAAUUUCAUACUUAACGACAAUAAAAUAAUAUUUCGUGCGAUGCGCAUACACUCCCUAAUUAUCUAUAUUUUUGUGAUUACUUAUUUUCACAAAUUUAAGUCGAUAAGAAUUCAAUAAAUGCAACUAAAUUUUGAAAUAUAUAAUUAAUCAUUAUUAAUUAAUAAAAAUUCAUGAAAAACAGAAAAAAAUAUCUUUUAAAUUUAUUUUUUCUAUAAAAACAUGCAUCUUUAUGAAACUAAAAGAGUAUAUGAUUACAUUAAUUGCAUGUAUAUAUGUCCGGACUCAAUUUCAAUCCAUAAUAAUACGCAUUAACAAAAUCUUGUCUACUUUAAAUUAGAAGAUUUGGUGAGAAAUUAGAUAAAAGACAAUCAUGGAAAAGUUAUUUAAGUAAAUGGCAAGAAGAAACAACUACAAGUAUAAUUAUUUUGAUUUGUUUUUCCUUAGCAUUAGCUUCUUUUUUUUCUUAGUCGUUUUAUUAUUUAAAUAAGAGGUAGUCUCUUAGUAAACAAAGAAGAAUAGAAUAACCAAUAAAAUAAUUUCAUAUGAAAUGAUCCAGCUGUUCUACUAGCUAAAGAAUAUGCAAUUGCAUUCCGAAUUCGAAAUAGGUGAAAAAUCGUGAAGGAUCAAAAACUUCUUUAUUGUGCAGCUAUCUCCUUCAGCUUUGUAAAGAAUUUUGGUCAUGCAUUAGGUUCCUUAACCAUUGUAACCAAAUCUUUAUAGUAUAUUCUGAAUUAUUAC